UCCAAAGAAUGAACUGAGAAUGUUGUCGAGUCCUUUAUGUCAGUUGGAAAGGUUAUGAUUGCUCUUUGGGGCGCAUGUACCGUCAUGAUACCCUAGUGAUUAUAAUUUCGGCAACAGUGAAAGGGAGGAAAGAAAACAUGGCUCAAGCGGAACAGUCGAGCGACCUCGAAGCCAGCAGUCCGUUAAAAGUGGAACACGAUAGAAAACGACGACAGUUCAUCAUUAGACUAACGUUGAAUGGCUCCCAUGACCGAGCAGUCCUGCUGUAUGAGUAUGUGGGCAAGAGGACUGUGGAUCUGCAGCACACUGAGGUCCCUGAUGCUUACAGAGGGAGGGGAAUCGCUAAGCAUUUGGCAAAGGCUGCCAUGGAUUUUGUGGUGGAAGAGGAUCUGAAGGCCCACCUCACCUGCUGGUACAUCCAGAAAUAUGUCAAAGAGAACCCCAAUCCUCAGUACCUGGAGCACAUCCUUCGGUGAUCCUAUGACAUAGGAAGAUGUGGAAAGAGCGUCCUUUUUGUUUGAUUUGAAUGACAUGGAGGCUGAGAGGGUGUGGUCAAAAUAUCUGUGGGGUGGGAUGUAGUGACCUUAGGCAUGGAAAGGGAUUGCACUGCAUGUGUGCAUAAGACAUCCUUGACCCUAACCUAUUUGUCUGUUUGAGCCAUGCUUGCAUGAACACAUAGGACAAUGCCAAGACUACAUGUAUCCUACAAAAUUCACGCGAUUCCUGUCACCAAAUCAGAGCAAAAGCCAUAACCAGAAGUGGCAGCAAGAAGACCUCUUUCCUUAAAGGCCUAUUUAUGUUCAUGGCUGUUGUGGCAACAGAGGUCUUUCAUUCAUUCAACAGGCCAAGAUUGGUCACCGAUCAAACCUCAGUAGAAUCAGAAUCUCAGACUUGUGCGCAGAAUCUCAGACUUGUGCGCAUGUGUAAGGUAAGGUGUUUGUUGAUUGGUCUUUUUACAUUGCAAACUUGGGGGACUGUGGAGAUGGUUGUAGUUUCACCUAAUUGCAAGAGGUGGAGCAUCAGAGGUGGUCCACACAUUCACUCAGACAUGAGGGAAACCUUUAAUUCACUGAGCACCGCUGGGAAGAUAUUAUGCAGCCUUUGGCUUGGUGCAGACACGUGGGGUGUCUUAAUGAUAGCCAAGCAAAUACUGAAAAGGGUAGAUGGCAGUGAGAAGUUUCUGUGAGUAUUUUAGAACUCCAGUCAGGCACUUCUCUUUGUCUCGCUACUUUUAGGACAAUCUGUGGGUGACAGCAGGAGGGGUUGGUAUUUUUAUGACAUGUAAUAUUGCUAAAGCUAUUUUAACACUUUUCUGUUUAGUCAGUAAAUUCAGGGUUUAAUGGUCAAGGGUCAUAGAGUGGGAAAUUAGAUUGGUGGAAUGCUUUAUGAUAUUAACCAGAACACAUUGAACUUGUCACUUGAAACAACAUGAGACUUAAAAGUACAAUAUGUCACUCAUCUGUUCUAAAAGGUCUCAGCUACUUAUAUGUCAGACAUGUAUGCUUGCCUGAGUGUUUUCUGGGCAAUUACACCUAUAUAGUUGGUUAGUAGUGUAGGCAGCAGGGGUGCUUCUGUAGAGCAUGCCAGAGGUGUAGGAGUUGUUGGGGUGAA